UCGGUUGUGAAAGGGUGAUAAGGUCAAACUUCAGAUACAUCGGCGCAAGGCACACGAAUAAUCAGCAAAUAUCGAACGCAAUCCUUGUAGCGAUUCAACAAAGCCUUGUUAACCCAAGGAACUUGCCCUCCAAUCUUCUCUAAAGCUGUUGGAUUCUCACCUCGAAAUAAUCCAAGCUCUCGCAAUAUCUGUCACAGAAUAGAUCAGCAUGGCAGCGUCACAGACUAUCGCCAAAACUGUCUACGCUGGCGCCUUUGUGCACUCCAUCUCCCUCACCGAGCUCGAGAUUUGCGAGAACGGUGCUAUCGGCGUCGAUGAAGCGGGUGUCAUUCAGUUUAUCGAGAGGAAUGGAUCUGAAGAGUGGAAAGAGAAGGAGGGGUGGCAGAGUGCGAAAGUUGUAAGACUAGAUGGGAAAGGGUUCUUCUUUCCAGGGUUCAUUGAUACCCACACCCACGCCCCUCAACAUCCAAACACUGGUCUCUUUGGCAAGACGACGCUCCUCGAUUGGCUCUCAACUUACACCUUCCCCCUCGAGGCCUCCCUCUCCUCCCUCCCAAAAGCACACCGCAUCUACACAAACUUCGUCUCACGCACCCUCUCCAACGGCACCACAACCUGCGCCUACUACGCAACCCGCCACGUCCCCGCCACCAACCUCCUUUCCUCCAUCUGCCUCGCCCGCGGCCAACGCGCCCUCGUCGGCCGCGUCUGCAUGGACUCGCUUUCCCCCGAAUACUACCGCGACGCUUCCAUCGAUUCCGCCGUGGCCGACUCCCGCGCCUGCGUAGAAUACACCCGCUCCAUCGACCCCACAGGCGCAAUCGUCCGCCCCAUCAUCACCCCCCGCUUCGCCCCCUCCUGCACCGCGCCGUGCCUCGCUGCCCUCGGCGCCCUCGCCCGCGAAACACACUCCUACAUCCAAACCCACGUGUCGGAAAACACGUCCGAAAUUCAACUCGUCGCCCAACUCUUCCCCGAAUCCAAAUCCUACACCGACGUCUACGACACAGCGAAUCUGCUCACCGAGAAAACGAUCCUCGCGCACGCCAUCCAUCUCUCAAAACAGGAACGUGACACUAUCCGCGCCCGCGGCGCCAAAAUCUCGCAUUGCCCUGCGUCCAAUACCGCGUUGACGAGUGGAUGCUGCCGUGUGCGUCAGCUGCUCGAUGAAGGGUUGACGGUGGGGCUCGGCACCGAUGUGAGCGGUGGCUUCUCGCCCAGUAUCCUCGAGCAAGUGCGGCAAGCGAUCUGGACGAGCCGGUUCGUGGCCAUGGGCGAUCCGAGUGCCGGGGCCGCAGACGGGAAAGCGAAACUGAGUACAGCCGAGGCGCUGUUUCUAGCCACGAGGGGUGGUGCGCAGGUUGUUGGGUUGGCCGAUAGCGUUGGCGGGUUUGAGGUUGGGAAGGAGUGGGAUGCGCAGAUGGUUACGUUGGGGGAGGGGGUUGCUGAUGGGGCUGGCGAGGGACAAGUUGAUGUCGACGCUUUCGAGGUGGGUGGAACUUCUACGGCGUUGUUGGAAUCGACUAAUGUCGAUGUCUUUGGCUGGGAGUCUUCUGAGGAGCUCGUCGAGAAGUGGGUUUAUAGCGGCGACGAUCGUAAUUGCGCUGCUGUGUGGGUUCGGGGUCGUUUGGUGCAUAAGAGAAACGAUGUUGUUCUGUAAGACGUCCACCUGUAUCCUUUUUUCCAACUAUAGUUUUGGUUUUUUUUCUUUCGCUAGACUAGGGGAUAAAACGAGGAAAGAGGUUUAUUGUACAUGGGUAGCUGUAUAGAUUGAAGUAGCCGAAUAUAAGAUUAGAAAGAUAGACUUCGGGAACCCGAAAGAUUAUGAUGCCAACCAGUGAAGAAACAUCAAGAGUAAUCCACUUCUAUCAUUUCAUGUCACCGUAUCCCGAAAUCUUAUAAUAACUUGCAUUCUCCACAAAGUCGAUCCUAUUUCUUUCACCAAUACUCCACUACAACACUGACUGUUCAGUCUAGUCUGAUUCAACUAUGUAAGUACGUAGUAAAUGAUAUAAAAAACCACACAGACACACACACACACACACACACACACACACACACACACGACU